UCAGGCAGGAGGUCAUCUCAAACAUGGCGUGGAGAGGAUGCGUAAUGAAAUGGGCUAAAACAGAGUUCCUCCGAUCCACCAACACUACCUCACGAAGCACCAGACUGAACCCACAGAACCAACAGAGGUGUGGUUUCCGUCGGGAAGCCAAAAGGCUGGAAACAAAGAAAGGAAAUGUCACCCAGGAAACAAAACCUACUCCCUCUGAGGCUGGCAGGCCAGCGCCCCCACCUCCUCCCAAAGUCCCCAGGCCGUCGCUCUUCAAACCGCUGAUGUUCACAGUAGGGUUUACAGGUUGCUCCUUUGGUGCAGCGGCCAUUCUGCAAUACGAGACUCUGAAGUUAAGAGUUCGGAAUGCAAAAGAGGAAGCGGAGUCAGAAAAACUCUUACAGGGGUCUCAGGACAUGACGUACUGGCAUGACUGGUGGGACCAGUUGUCAGGCUUCCAGCAGCAGCUCAUCCUCCUGGUGUCGAUGGUGGAUGACUUCUGGAGCAGCCUCACAGAGGGGCAGAAGAUCGUCACCGGCAUCAUUGCAGUAAAUGCUGUAGUCCUGUGUUGCUGGCGGAUCCCUUCAAUGCAAAGAACCAUGAUAAAGUACUUCACGGCCAACCCAGCUUCCAAAACACGGUACCUUCCCAUGGUCCUGUCCUCCUUCAGCCACUACUCCAUUGUCCACAUGGUGGCCAACAUGUAUGUCCUGUGGACGUUCUCAUCAGGAAUCGUCUCUCUCUUAGGCAAGGAGCAGUUUCUUGCAGUCUACCUCUCUGCCGGUGUGAUUUCAACCAUGGUCAGCUACAUGUGUAAAACUGCGACUGGACGUCUCCAUCCAUCCCUGGGAGCAUCAGGUGCCGUCAUGGCAGUACUGGCCGCAGUUUGUGCAAAAAUGCCAGAGGCCAAACUGGGCAUACUCUUCCUCCCCAUGAUCACUUUCACUGCAGGAAACGCUCUGAAAGCGCUUGUUGCCAUAGAUACAGCAGGGCUCAUACUGGGAUGGCGGCUGUUUGACCACGCAGCUCACCUUGGAGGAGCCCUCUUUGGAGUAUGGUAUGUGGCAUACGGUCACAAGCUGAUUUGGAGGAAGAGGGAGCCCUUUGUGAAGCUGUGGCAUGACAUGCGUUCUCCAGGCGCCGGUGGAUCCAGACCAGGAGGUUGGUGGUAGUGGACCUGGACCACAAUGAGACGGUGCAAGGUCUCUUGAAUCCUUUUUGAAAGAACUAGAGUCCACAGUUACCCCAGAAUAUACAAGGACACUUUCAUCCACCAAGAGUGUCAGGUGUUAGUUUAUUAAUAAAUAUAGUUUUUCAUUCAAGGCGACUGAGACCUAGCUGACCUGAAAUGUGAAAAAAACAGGUCAGACCUUGUACCUAGUGUUGCAAUCCAGAUGUUUACUGUGUAGACUGAUAACAUCUGCUGCUCUACAAGUAUACCCUGCAAGCUACGAAACAAAUCACCACUCUACCUCUGAAUAAUGUGAUGAUGUCUAACCUUCAGCCUUCAUGUUGGAUUUUACCUGUUUUAUAUUAUUGAGAACAUUCGCACAAGCCUGGGCGGACAAAGCAGAGUGCUGGUACGAUUCAGUGACCGAAUCAUUGUAAUAUACAGUCCUGUGGGCUGAUCUUAUGUUACUAUUAAAACUGGAGUUUCAACAAUCUGAGCAUUUAUGUUUUAAUGAAAGGGGGGGGAUUAGUCCUCAUUGAAACAAGAACUUACCUACCUCAUCAUUUUUGUCAAGUGGGAACUCAUACUUCUACACACUGGUGAAGAAAAAGAAGGGGCGAUGAUGUUUGUCACAAACAAGGUGCAUACAUUUGUCAGUCAUUUUACUUUGAAGCUCUGGAAACUAAGGUUGGCUUUUGAAAAUAAAAACUUUGAACAAGGACGCCACCCACUCACAGAUUUGGCCCCGUCACUUGAUUCUUCAAUCAUUCAGUGCUUCUCAGGAUGCUGACCUCUGUUCACCUGUUUCCAGGACUAACUUAUUAACUAAUUAGGAAUUCAUCCACAAAUUCUGUUCAGAGAAAAAGUGUUGGCUUUAUUUAACAGAGUCACAUGAUAGUCUUACAAACGAUUGUCCAUGCAUGCAUAGUACUGUACAUUACGAUUGUUGGAAUGCGUUUAAUACCUGCAAUAAUUCUAUUUUAUUCACAAAUUCACACUUUAGGUAGAGAAAAUGAAUAUCUACAUCGUCUAACAAGUAUUUUAAACGUUUGGGGACGUGUACACAAGCUCAGAGAAGUUACCCUUACCAUAAACAACUAUAAAAAGGUAAUAAAACAAGAAUUUGAACGAGUCAGCAUCAACGCUGUAAACUCGUGGUUACAAAAGAGGCAAAUUGUAAAAAGCAGAUCUGAGACUGACACCUGCUGGCUACAAAAGAACUACAAUCCACUGGGAGGGCUGUUCACAGUUAAGGUAAGGCAGCUUUGGUAACAAUAUACAGAUUAUUACCUUAUCAAAUAUGGACGAUUCAUCAGACUCGGCCAUGUGCAGAAAAUGCUGAUUGUCAGCAAUAGUCCUGCAGAUGCAAUGGUUGAACUGCUCAGCAGCAACACACUGAGCAGGUAAACUUCAAUCAAACAUUCUUGUGAGAAGCACUUUGAGCUCGAAACACUAUAUUAUCACUACUGUUUUAUUGCAAUAAUGUCAUCAAAAUGUGAGAAGAAUUUCCCUGUGAAAUUUGAAAUUGAGCUUCCUACACAUGCUGGGAUCAACAGUGUCGACCUAAUCCUUCACCUAGACGGGUGUUAUUAAUCAAAACACAGACUUACCAGACUGUUACUCGAGUCUGUCUUCUUUCAGUCCAAAACGGUCGGCGGUGUGGCAGCUCCUCAAGCUCUGCUCUUGUGGUUGGCAUAGCUGGGGAAGCCAAACUGGGAGAUCAUCAGGUUGGAGAAGCGGAGUGGCAUGAAGCCAUAGA